AUGACUUCGCCAUCCCGCGGUUGCCAAGUAUUGAGGAAACAUGGAGUCUCCUCUCUAUUUUUGUUUGCACUAAUAGUGCUCAUGACUCAGAUUGUGUCCUACUUUCACAAUUCCUUAAUAUCCCCAGUCGACAGUCUUUACAAGCCUGACGGUACUCCUCAACUAUCAGAGAAAGCAAUAAUGAGACAUGUGAAGGAGCUUUCUGAAAAUAUAGGUUAUCGAAUUCUUGGUACAGUUGAACAGGAUCGCGCUCGUCGAUAUAUCAUGGACGAGGUUUUAGCCAUCCAGAAGAAUUUGGAGAAUAGUCCUCUCUCAAACACUCAUGAAAUUGAAGUUUACUAUGAGUCAGGCGAUGGUGCUCAUCUUUUUGAUUUUAUGAACAAAUAUGUGAUAAAAAAGUACCACGGUUUGAAGAAUAUCGCUGUUCGUCUCAGUAACGGAACUGAUGCUUCCAAAGAGGAAGCCGUUUUAGUCAAUGCUCACAUUGAUUCUACUUUACCUAGUCCUGGCGCUACCGAUGAUGCCCUAGCCGUGGGUAUCCUUUUGGAAAACCUGCGUAUUCUUUCCUCUCAGCCCACGCCUUUGACAAACUCGGUCGUUUUCCUCUUUAACGAUGCUGAAGAAUCUUUGCAGGAUGCUUCUCAUAUGUUUAUCACUCAAAGCGUCCUUAAGGACUCCGUGAAAUACGUCGUCAAUCUCGAGGCUUGUGGAACUACCGGUGCAGAAAUACUGUUUCAAGCUACAAGUGAUGAAAUGAUUAAAGCAUACUCUCAUGUGCCACGUCCGUUUGCUACUGUUUUAGCUGAUGAUGUUUUUCGUACUGGCAUUAUCAUAAGUGACACAGACUUUCGCCAAUUUGUCCAAUACGGAAAUCUUACUGGAUUAGAUAUGGCAGUUGUUCAAAACAGCUACCUGUACCAUACAAAGAAGGAUAGAGCCCUCUAUAUCAGCCCUGGUACUGCUCAACAGUUUGGCGGAAACAUUCUUGCUAUUCUCCAAUACUUAACGUCACACGAAGCUAACAUGAACAAUCUGGCUACUUCUGAUACCGUUUACUUUUCGAUUUUCAACCGGCUUUUCUUCAUGUAUUCAAGCACGACUGGUCGAAUUUUGAAUGCUGCUGUAGGUGGGUUGGGAAUUUAUCUUGCUAUAAGGGGAUCUGAUUCUAUAGUUUUACCCUUUUUGUUCCAGCUUCUUACGGUGUUUAGCGCAUUCCUUUUCCCCAACAUUUGGGCGUACGUAUUUGGCAAUGUCCUAAACAAAGGGAUGAGUUGGUUCCGUAACGAGAAUUGGCCUUUAUUAAUUUAUUUGCCUGUGAUUAUUGCUUCUAUCAUAUCUUCCUCUUGGAUAAACAAGAAAUCAGAGUAUCAAACCUUUAAAGCCACCAUCUUGGUAUUUUCUUUGAUGACAUUCAUUCCAUUGCCCUCCGCUUAUCUUGCUACGCUUAUAGACUUUUUCAUGAUCCUCGCCCUUGUAAUUAACGACUUUGUUUUUAGGAAACAGAAAGAAGUUCACCUUUUGAGUUACGUAAUUGGAUCAAUUGGGUCUUUGACUGUUGGUCUUGAAGCCAGUAUUACAAUGCUUGAUAUCUUUGUACCUCUCACUGGCCGUAUUGGAAUCGAAAAGGUUGCCGAUAAUAUUAUUAGUACUAUUUGCACUUGCUGUUUCUUUAUUAGCUUCCCUCUCCUUUCGCCAUGGAUCCAACGUAUACGUUCUCCUUGCUUUAUAAAGUUUGGUUUUCUAUUGUCUAUACUAGUAGCUUUAAGUAGCUCUUACAUUCUAGGUGGACAAGACACUUACUAUGAUGCUUUACAUCCCCGACGAGUUUUCGUUCAACAUAUGGAAAACAUUACAUCAAAUGAGUUUUCUUUACAUAUUGCCACUGCUGAUUCUGCUCCAGGAUUUGACAAACUUGUAUCUAACGUGGCUAGUAAAAUCUCCGAGGAACCAGCUGUUAAAACGGAAGUUAACGAUUGGAAUUCUGAUUGGGAUACAGUGUAUCCUUUCAGUCAGUUCCUUGGAUCGUAUCGCAUUCCCUUAAAUGAAGAAUCUAACUUUGAACACAAACCACGUUUGUCUUUCUCAAACAAGGUGGUAGAAAAUGGAGUUGCUAAUGUUACGGUGACAGUUGAUUAUCCUGGUUUGAUCUGGACAGUUCUAUCUUUUGAUGCAGACUUAAUAUCUUGGUCUUUGCCGGAACUACCAAAAUAUGUGCGUAGACACCAUAUCCGUGAAGUGAGCGCCUACGGUAUCAAUUCGUAUUCCUUUAAUAUGAGCUAUGUCGAUGAACCAAUCUUUUUCGAUUUUGUUGGUCUCGAUGCUAUAGGGCACUAUCCCUCGAAAUUUGAGGAAGGUGAACAUCGUCCUAGUAUGCGCAUGUGUUCCAGUCUAAAUGAAGUUUACUUGCCAGAAUGGAUUGACGCUCUUUGUAUGGGCGUCGUAUCGGCUGCAUUUGAGUUGGAUUAA